CAGAAACCAGUUUAAAACUUCAACAUAAAAUUUGUAUAUAAGGGAAAAAUUUGAACAAAUAAUUAGUUCUUCUAAAACUAGGAACAUAACAUGAAGGGUUGUGCUUUAGUUCUACUGAGUAUUGCUGUUGCAAGUGGUGAUCAGCAUCAGCACCAGCACCAGCACCAGCACCAGCACCAGCAGCUUGGUCAGCACCAGCAUAAGCAGAAUGGUCUAACUCCUUUCCGAACCUUCUCCCCUUCACCAAGUGCACUGGUCAGAUCUCAUGCAUCAGCCCCUGUAUCAACCUUUAUCCCAAUCAGAUCCUCUUCCUUAACUUCUAACUAUGCCUCGCCUACUCUGUCCUAUCCAACACAAACUACUAGAUACAUACCUUCUACAAUCAAAGCGUCUUUUACCCCCACUCAAGCCACAAGAUAUAUUCCAACACAAGGGAAUGUUUAUCCUGCUACUCCGGUAAGAACUUAUGCCACGCCUGCACCUUACUUUGCUUCUGCUCCUUCUUUUACCUACUCUUCUUCCCCAGCUCGUGGUACACCUUCAACCUACACUUCUGCUACCCCAACCCCUUCAUACACCAUCACCAGAACCCAUUCUACUCCAAGCCAUACCUUAACCUCUGCCAGAGCCCAUACUGCCCCAACCUACACUGACAAUGCCUCCGCUUACUCCUUCAACUAUGGUGUUGCAGACUCAUAUUCCGGUGCUAACUUCAACCAUGCAGAAUCCAACAACGGUUACUCCACCUCCGGGUCCUACUCUGUUGCUCUCCCUGAUGGAAGAAUCCAAACUGUCAACUACAGGGUUGAUGAUGAGACCAGUGGAUAUGUUGCUGAUGUCAGCUACUCAGGAGAAGCAAGAUAUGAUGUAGGAUCCAGCUACACCCCAACCUCAUCUUACAAUGCUGUUCCUAUCAGAUCUGCACCAACCCCUUCUCCUUCCUAUGCUCCUACAACAUCCUACGUAGCUGUACCUAACCCAACUCCUGCCAGUGACUACACCAAAACAAGAACUGUUCCAACCCGUAUUCCAGUCUUUGAAUCUGAGUCCAGUGGAUAUGGCCGUUAAGAACAAAGAGCAAUUUACAACUUUUUAAAUUUCUUUUUAUUUAUUUAUUUAAAUAUAACUUAUUCAACUUUA